AUGUGCGAGCGGGCGGCGCGCCUGUGCAGGGCCGGCGCGCACAGGCUGCUCCGGGAGCCGCCGCCGCAGGGCCGGGCGCUGGGCGGGCUGCUGCGCUGGGUGGGCGCCAGGAUGGGCGAGCCCCGGGCGCCGCUGGCCCCCGCAGUCCCCGCCGCGGGCCCCGGCCCCAGCCCGGGCCCCGCCUCGCCGCGCGGGGGCACCGCGGUCAUCCUGGACAUUUUCCGCCGUGCGGACAAAAAUGAUGACGGGAAGUUAUCCUUGGAGGAAUUCCAGCUCUUCUUUGCAGAUGGCAUCCUCAACGAGAAAGAACUAGAGGGUCUCUUCCACACCAUCGACUCCGACAAUACCAACCAUGUGGACACCAAGGAGCUGUGUGAUUACUUCGUGGACCACAUGGGGGACUACGAGGACGUCCUAGCCUCCCUGGAGACCUUGAAUCACUCUGUCCUGAAGGCCAUGGGCUACACCAAGAAGGUGUAUGAGGGUGGGAGCAAUGUGGACCAGUUUGUGACACGCUUCCUCCUGAAGGAGACAGCCAAUCAGAUCCAGUCCCUGCUGAGCUCGGUGGAGAGUGCGGUGGAAGCCAUCGAAGAGCAGACCAGCCAGAUCCGACAGAACCACAGCAAACCCAGCCACAGCGUGGUGGAGACCUGGUCUGGGAGCUCCACUCCCGUCUACGCCCACAACCACAAGCUCACGGCCGUGGAGCAAGGGAAGAGCUUCCCGCUUGCCCCCUCAGACUCCAGGGAGGAGGGCCUGGAAGCCCAGAUCAGCAGGUUGGCGGGGCUGAUAGGACGGCUGGAGAGCAAGACCCUUUGGUUUGACCUCCAGCAGCAUCUCUCGGAUGAAGAAAGCACCAACAUGCAUCUGCAGCUGGUCCGGCAGGAGAUGGCCGUGUGCCCUGAGCAGCUGGCCGAGUUCCUGGACUCCCUGCGUCAGUACCUGAGGGGCACCGCCAGAGCCAGGAACUGCUUCCACAUCGCUGCCGUGAGGCUGGCGGACGGCGUCACCUUCGUGGUCUACGAGUUCUGGGAGACAGAGGAGGAGUGGAAGAUGCACCUGCAGAGCCCCGUGUGCAAGGCGUUCCGGCACGUCAAGGUGGACACGCUGAGCCAGCCCGAGGCCCUCUCCCGGAUCUCCGUGCCAGCUGCCUGGUGCGCCCUGGGCCGAGACUGA